GGGCAUAGAACGCGCUAGUCCAGUGGAACAGGUGCCUCAAAACGAUGGGUUGUUGCGCGUCAAGAAUAGUGGAUUAUAAAGUGAUUGUGUGCAUCUAGGUUGUGUGUAUGUUUAAUUUUCGUAAUCAGGAGAUGAUAAGACUGAUCUGUGUGCAGGUGCGUGAUGAAAGGUGGUAAAUAAACGAAAGAAAAGAUUAUUGAUUAAACUAACUAUAGUAAUGGUUCGUGAAAAUAAUGAAGAAAGUUUGAAAAUGUGUGACGGAAGAAGGCAGAAGUGAGAUUAUAGGAUAAUUAUGAAAAAGUUCAAUCACAGCAAUAAGGAUGAAAGUAGCGAGCAUUGCAACGAUGAGGCCAGCUCUGUGCUAUCAUCGGCGACAUCGGUGGAUUUGUCGGCUUUGGCCCGCGACACCAAACGCAGCAAAUUUAAGGCUCGGCUGCCAAUGAUACAAUGGGCAACGAAAAAAGGACUACGACGCAACGAAAAGACUAAGGGAAAGGAUAAGAGUUCUAUCGCCGUGCCACCUUGUUGUGGCUCAAGCACUGCCAAUGAUAAAGAUAUUCAGACGGAAAAGCAAUUUUCCGACAAAUCUGUGCAAUGUGAUGAUGCUGCUUUUGAUUAUUUUUAUAGAUCUCAUCCCUCAUCGUCUCAUCGAGGGACAACAAUCGCAUCCAUUAAUGAACGACUGGACAUAAUUAAUACAGGUCACCAUCUUGUGCAUGAGGGUCUCGGAUGCAGCUGCUGCUGUGUCCACCAUUACGGAUUGCCGACAAUGUCAAGUGUCGAUACUCAACCCUGGCCACGGACGCCACUACACGACGCCCGGCGAAGGAGUCUUGAGCAAAGCAAUGUGGUUAGUGUUUUUCCGUACGGUGAUGAAUUUUCAUGUGAACCGGUACGGUUAUUCCGGAAGAAUAAUCUGAAUUCCCGCUCUAGUGAUAGUGGUCGGGGAUCGUGGAGGGAAGAUCGGCACAAUCAAAUCAUGUGCAAUAAGGUAGUGCUAAGAUCGGAAAAUCGUUUCGGAUCAUCUCCAAUUUUGAAUAGUGUUCCAGAAAAGUCUGAAGAUCGGACGAAGACGAAUGCGUAUCGGAAAAUUGGCCGCGUAACUCCAUUUAUAGCACACAAAGAAGAAAAAGAAGUUGAAAAUGGCCUUGAUGGUGGGAAGGAAAAUCGAAAAUUUCAAGUGGAAAAUGGACUGUCUGCCGAACUUGAGCAGCAAGCUUAUUUAGUGUUGGGUUUACACAAUCAAACUAAGAUACCAUUUCGAAGAAAAAUCUGCACACCUUUCAAUAAACGGAUAACGUUACCUCCUGAGCACUUUAAGCAAAUUCAGCCUUUGGAAUCUAAAUUCGAGGGCAAUAACGACAGCUAUCGUCACAGUUUGCCGAGCAAUGAUGCAAACCGGUUCGAUGGAUCCCAAUCAACGGCCGCCGCGUUACAUCCGGUGUCAUCGCACACAUAUCCAAUUUCGAGCGCAGUUGAUAGCAAUUCGAUUAUGUUUCGCAGCAACGCGGAUGAUCUUCACGAGCUAGGUCGAUUAGCAAAUUACAGUUUUAGCAGUUCAAAUGCCGCUGAAUCGGGUGUGAAUCGCGAUUCAGAUCGACUUCGGGCUACGCCGAGUCUGUAUAGCAGACUGAGCGGCAGCAUCCAGAACUUGUUUGUCGGCGGUCGCGGUCAGUCUGGUGUGACAGUAGGCGGCGCGCGGUCAGAUUUCAGCAAGAGUGAGAACAACCUCAGCGAACUCAGCAGGCGACGGGGACCGGCAGCAGCAGGGCCACGCAAGGAUCGGCUGUUUUUCUUUGGAUCACGCGGAAAAGAGCGCCAACGAAGGUCGAACAAUUUCAACACCAGCGGAGGCGGAAGUUUCUUCACGUACAACUACGACGACGAGGAGGAAAGUCGAUGGAAGAAGUACUUAAACUUUAAAAUGAACCUGCUGCGGAAACACAACAAAGGCAAGGUGGACAGCGGCAGCGAAGCUUCCAAAAGAAUCCAAGACCUGGACGGUGGUUUCUUCGAGAAGUUUGGCUCAAUCUUGCGUCAAAAGUCAAUCAACCAUGACGAGAGCAUCGCGGGCCGGUUGGAACCGUUUCCGGAGGAGGAGGGCGUCGAGAGUGCGUACGCUGCGGCGCACGAAGCAAUGAUCGCCGAGCCGGCCGACGACAGCGGAAACGAAACACUGCCCGACAGCGAUUCCGAGGAGCAGCAGGAAAAGCAGAACGAGUUCAUCGGGGAUGCCUUUGGGUGGAAUAUUGAGGAGCUGUACGAGGAGAUCCUGUUUGAAAUCAUCAACAACAUUGGAUUGGAUGAGGAGUUGACGGAGGAUAGCCUGAUACAUUACGUACAGGAUGCAUUUAAAAUUGCCAACGAAAAGCAUGAAGAUAUCAUUCGAGUGGCGCGUAACAAGGAGCCGCCGGAGAUUUGUCUCAAUGUGGAGGUUAUCGAGGCCAAGGAGCUUGAGCCGAAAGAUUCCAAUGGUCUGUCCGAUCCCUUCGUCACAAUGUACAUCGCGUCCAAUCCAACCCAUCGCUACAACACCUCGGUCAAAUCGGCCACGCUGGAUCCCGUGUGGGAGGAGCAUUUUUCGCUGCCAAUCGACGAGAAUGCGAAUGAUGCCAACCUCAUCGUGGAGGUGUGGGACUUUGACCCGGCCGAAACGGUCAAGGAGAAGAUGAACAAGGUGUUUGACGUGAAGGGCGUCCGGGGCCUACGAAAGCUGAUGAAGGAGAUCGCCGUAACGGCGUCAACCGGGAAGCACGACAACGAGCUCAUCGGACGCGCCAGCAUACCGCUAAAGUCGAUUCCGGCAUCCGGUUUGCUGAUGUGGUACAAUCUGGACAAGAAAAACAAACUGAAACGCCAGGGAACGAUAAGAAUAAGACUGAAUUUUAGCUCGCAAAAGAACAAUCAGGUAGCCGCCCAGGAACAUCGCCACUUGCUGCGGAUACUGCUCCUGCACGAGCUGGAGUCGUCCAAGGUGGCCCAGUACUGGUGGUCGGGUAAAUUCACCAUCCAGGGCGAAGCUGUACUGACGCAGCACUCAGCGCAAAGUAGCCUGUCAACUACCGCCGUAGCCUUCAUCCAAUGGUCCGUGUACACCGCGAUCCACCUCGAUCACCCUCUAGCUUUCAACCUGUUUGAUUCGCUACUCGAUAAACUAGUCCGCCCGAUCCAAACCCGGUCGGUUUCCGACGAGGAGCUGAAAAUGUUUUGGGAAGCCACGCGGAAGCUGCUUCCGUCCUGCUUCGCGGUUAUCCGAAAGAUUCGCAAGAAGACUGCCGGCGACAAGCUGGCCAUCAAGAUGCUAACGGAUGUGUUGCAAAUUCUUUCCAAGAUUUCAAUGCUGGAACCUCCCGAGGGAACUGAUUUGUUUCCCACCAGUCAGUACAGCUGGAUCAGACGAUCCAACGAAGGCGAAUCCGGUUGGGAUAUUCGCGAAGCGCUAGCCAGUGCGGUGGUUUCCGGUGCAGAGAAUUGGUUCAACAGCAUCAAAGAGGGACAGUUUAUCCAGUCAGGAUUGGACGAAGAUCGGCUGCAGAACUUGAUCAAAAUCAUCCAACUGGUACGAUCGGACAUUCAACGGUCGAUUGAGUACUACGAUAAGUUCUUCCAAGAAAUUGUCCACUUCCAAUAUACCAAAGAGUUGUACAUCACUUACGAGCUUAAGCUAGCCGAGGUGAUCAAGCCGUGCGUGGAGGACAUCUGCCGUGGCCUGCGGCGUAUCGCCAUCCCCGAAUCAAACAAUGCCGUCAUUAAAGAGUACGAAGACAUCAACAUGGGAACAACGCUGUUCGAGCUGUAUCUGGUGCUGAAACGAUUCUCCACCCUGGGGCCAGCGCUCAGUCCGGGUGAGUCUAACUUUGCGAUUGACGAGUAUCAUCGGUGGUUCACCACGGGCGUUACGCACUGGUUGGACAUUUCCGUGUACAAGGCGUUGAUGAGAAUUCACCGGGCGAUCGAGCUGGACAAACUGCAGCCGGUGGACGAAACGGUCAAGUACUCCUCGUCGGCCGUCGACACGUUGGCCAUUUUCUACCAGAUCAAGAUUUUCUGGCAGCAGCUGGCGUGGCCCGACGUUGAGGGCGCGUACAUCUUUGUGGCGAAGAUUGUUGAUGACAUUUGCCGGUGCUGCGUGUUCUACGCCGAUCGUAUGUCGGCCAGGGUCGAGAACUUGGGCGUCGUUGAAAACGUUUACGAGCGAAAGUUCCAAGUGACCCAGGAAUGGUGCCUGGCCAUCAAUAACAUUGAUUACAUUCGCCAGAGUUUGAAACCGUUCGCAUCCGAGUUGGGCGUUGAUGAUAUCAUCGCCAAAAUGGGGGACAUCCAAAGCCCGAUAGAAGCGGACCGUUGUGCCGAAACGUUGCGCGCUGUUCUAGAGAACGCGAUCGAUACGGAGCGCAACAAGAUUUUGGACUUGGUGGAAAAGUUGGCAAAGAAGAUGGCUCCGGCCAUGAGACGUUUCUUGGUCGAGGGUGCCGAACUGUUGCAACAGGACUCCAACUCAAUGGAAAGGCUGAUGAUGUAUAUGGAAGAGUCGCUGUCUAUGCUGAACAGCGAGCUGAACGAGACCAACUUUGAACGCGUGCUGGACGCAAUCUGGGGCGAGUUGACCACUAUCUUGUACGAAUUGAUCCAGAGUAAUCUCGAUAAAAGACGUCCUCCGGCAUUCUUUGCCAAUUUGCGCGACACACUGCACGUCAUGAUGGCGAGCUUCAAGAGCAAGCAAAACCUUGAGUCGGAAAACGCCUCGGACAAGGAAACGUUGGACCACAUCGAACGGCUGCUUCAGCUGCACGGCUACGAGACGACCGAUCUCAUUCAUCAGUAUUAUCUGGAUCGGCUGAAGGAGCAGGACAUGCACGAAGGUGACGGCUUUGGUAUUUUAACGGUUCAGUGCUUUUUCCGGGAGAACGUACUCGAGCUGGAGAUCAUGAACGCACGCAAUCUGAAACCGAUGGACACGAACGGGUCAUGCGAUUCGUUCGUGCGGGUGCAUUUCAUGCCGGAAGAACGGUUCGUUGGAAUUGCCAAACCACGCACCAAGGAACGCUCGAAAACGCUCUUUCCGCUGUACGACGAAAAGUUUGUCAUAACAUUCACCCCUGAUCAGCGUAAUGUGAAGGACGCAAUCAUACUGUUCAGCGUCAAAGACAAGGAUCUGUUUGGAAUGUCCAAUCAGUACUUGGCUGAGUGUUACUUAAGUUUUAACGAUAUUGCCGACAUCACCGGCGAGAGUGGCAAAAUCGAGCAGAAGCAUUUGAUACUUACCCGUCCAUAUCGCCUUGAUACUGACUGUGUUCGAGCGUUGGAGUACCGCCAGGGCGAUAAACAGGCGAAAGAUUUCCUCAAGAAACUGCGACAGAAAAUGGGACAGUGAAUGUUAGUUACUCUAUAGCUUUUAGGGCCGUCAAAUUUGAAAGGAGUUCAACUGGGGGUGAAAUGCUCGACUGAUAUCGAAUCCCUAAUUGGCACCUUCACAAUUUGAAAGCUGUUAAACGUGCCUAAAUAAUUCGAAUAUGCAACGCAACGUUUUUAUUUUAUAUGCCAUUUUCUGAAAAUAGAUUGUUCUUUAUUAUGACAAAA